AUGAAUACACAACCCAUCAUGUACAGACCACACGAGUCGUUGAAAAUAAGCAAUUCAAGCAUCCCCAAGCGAAAGAGAAGGAAUUUGUUCACCCCCGCUCAAAACGCAGAGUUGGAGACACGUUUUCGAUCUCAAAAGUACUUGUCGGCCCCCGAAAGGGAACAGUUGGCCAAAAGCAUAAACCUGACAACAACACAAGUAAAAAUAUGGUUCCAAAACCAUCGCUACAAGUACAAGAAGUAUAUCAAGGAGAAAGAAAAAAAUGCCCCGGACGAACCAAACAAAGAGGAGUCACUACUUUUAGAUGUUGAGUCAAACAAAUACUUCCAAGAGGACCAGAAAGUCUGUUUGGAACGAAUGGAAAAAGGGGACUACUCACUUGAUGUUAAACCUUUUAAAAAUUGGAAUAAUAUAUGA